UCAAAUUAUAGUGUUAUAUAAGAUAAGAAUGUUAUUUUAUCAGUUUACAAAGUGUUUGCCACUGAAAGUAUUAUUUUACAAACGAACAAUGAAACCACGCGUCUUAGUCACUACUAACACUAUACCAUCAGCUGCUAUAAAUCUUUUACGUACAAAAUGUGAUGUUACAAUUAUUCAAAAACUUGUAAGUGAUCGUGAAGAAGUAUUGCAAGCACUUCCAGAUCAUGAUGCACUUUUUCUUAGUGGUCAUAUCAAUGUGAAUAGUGACUUUCUUGAUAAAGCAGGAUCAUCUCUAAAAGUUGUCUCAACGAUGUCAGCGGGUUAUGAUCAUUUAGAUGUUCCCGAAAUUAAAAGAAGAGGUAUUAAAGUUGGACAUACUCCUAUAGUUUUAUCAGCUGCCGUUGCGGAAAUGGCAGUACUUUUAUCAUUAAAUGCAGCAAGACGAAUUCAUGAAGCACGUCUAAAACUUGAACACGGUAAAAUAGAAACACAUGCACAAUGGUUACUUGGUCAAGAUUUAAGAGGAUCAACAGUUGGCAUUGUUGGUUUGGGCAAUAUUGGUCAAGCUAUUGUUAAACGAUUGAAAGGAUUCGAUGUAGGUCAUUUCAUUUAUACUGGUCAUUCUCGUAAAAAAGCAGGAGAUGAACUCGGAGCUGAUUUCGUAUCUCUUGAUGAACUUCUUGCACAAAGCGAUUUCGUAAUUGUUGCCACUCCAUUAAAUAAUGAAACUAGGGGAUUGUUUGAUGAUAAUACUUUCAAUAAAAUGAAGAAAAAUGCAGUAUUUGUUAACAUUGCUCGUGGGCAAAUUGUAAAAACAGAUGCCUUGAUUAAAGCAUUGCGUAAUAAAACAAUUUUUGCGGCCGGUCUUGAUGUUACGGAUCCAGAACCAUUGCCACCAGAUCAUGAACUUCUUCAACUUCCUAAUGCUAUUAUUGUACCUCAUAUGGGCAGUGCUACUGUGAAGACAAGAAUUGAUAUGUCUCUUACUGCAGCACAAAACAUUCUCAAUGGAUUAGAGGAUAAGCCAUUGGUAUAUGAAUUAUAACUAAUAUGUUCUCUUGAACAUAUAUCAAGUAUAAAUUUUUAUUUCACAAUUUAUAAGACAUUAUUAUAUUAAUUAUACAAUACAAUAAUAUAUUUUUAAAAUAUUUUAGAAUAUUAACUGAUACAUAUAAAUUUAACAUGUACUUUAAUAUUAAUUUUUUUUUUUAUAUGAAUUUAUAAUAUUUAUACAUAUAAAAUUUCUAUAUCUCUUUAAAUACAUUUUGAAAACAUUGAAAUAUUUUUGAUAUUUUGUGAUAAUUUUUUGCUCAUUAUAAAAAUGUUUAAUAUCUAGCAUUAUUUUUUAUAUUAUCUUAUAAAAAAUGUUGAAUACUUUUUUUUUAAAAUGUCAUAUAAAAAUGCUAAUGAAGAGAAAUACAGAGAAAUUGUAAAAAAAUGUAA